AUGCUCGGCCGCACGCUUCACGAGUACAUCUUCAUCCGCGCUUGCAUAAUACCCCUCCGCUACCCAAUUAUCCCCUACGCAGCCCUCCUCUUCGCAAGCCUACUCGGCGCAAACUACACAACCUCUCCCUCAAAAUGGCUCACAACAGCCGCCGUCACAACGUGCAUGGCAGCCACGGAGCUCAUCUACGCCCUCUUCAUCUGGCUCCCCUACACAAGGCGCCUCAGAGAACCCGCCUCGCACCCGAGCCCCUCCUCGCCCGCCGGCCGCCUGGCCCUCUUUGAGCGAUGCAUGGCCACCAUCCCAGACUUUGAACGCUACGUUCGCAUGUGGUUCCUGGGCGCCGACAUGGCCGACAUCCACCGCGACAACGUCCGCGACUUUCUCCUCUGGGCGUUCUUUGACAUGGGCGAAAAGGACGUCGAGCGGGCCAGUGCCAGGGACGGGGAGAACUACGACGUGGAGGUGGACCAGUAUAUAACCCGCAGUGAACGUCUGCUCGGCAGGCCGUUUAAGCCCGGUCGCGGGCCGGCCAAGUGCCUGCGCCUGACGAUCGAUUCCGUAGAUACAAAGUACCGCACCGUCUGGUGGUACGCCAUUAUGGCCUUUUUGGAUCAUGUCACACACCUCUCGUUGUGGUUCUACGGAUUCCAAUACUAUGCGCAGCCAAGAGACAAGGCCAUCUUCCCACCUCGUCUCCAACAGGUCUUUGCCAGUCAGCGGUCCUCGGCCGGCAAUCUGAGCUACUGGCACCGCCCUCACCGCGCAGAAGGUCUACCCGUCGUCUUCCUCCACGGCAUCGGCAUCGGGCUGUGGCCCUACGUCCGCUUUCUCGCCGAGAUCGCCACCAUGAGGAUCAGAGGCCGCGGUCAGACAGGCGUCAUCGCCAUCGAAAUCCUGCCCGUCUGCUUCCGACUGACUGACCCGCCGCUAGGCAAAGAGGUCUUCCUUCAGCAGUUCAAGCAGAUAGUAAACCACCACGCCUGGGAAAAGUUCACCCUCGUCUCCCAUUCGUACGGUUCCAUCUUGUCAACCCAUGCCAUGCGAUGCCCAGACCUGCAGGCCAGGAUCCCGCGGGCCGUGCUCAUUGACCCCGUGAGCAUCCUCCUGCACCUGCCCGACGUCGCUUACAACUUCACACGACGUGCGCCGUCGACUGCAAACGAGUGGCAGCUGUGGUAUUUUGCGAGCAUGGAUCCCGGAGUAGCCCACUGCCUCGGCAGAUACUUCUUUUGGAGGGAGAACGCCAUCUGGGCUGAUGAACUGGUUGGUCGCACAGCAGGAUCGGAAUCGGCGGGUGUCGAGCGGCAUGAAGCGAGGCAGGUCACCGUAUGCCUGUAUUUGGCCGAGGGGGGUCAGGCACAGCAGGCGGGACACCCCGCAUGGUUGCAAGGCGAGCAUGGCCGGCGCAACGUUGCCGGACCAAAGGCUGGACCCAUAUCGGGCAUGGGUUACGAGAGUCACCGUUCCGCUGGGUCAGGCAUCGACAUCCUUUGGUUUCCGGACAAGGACCACGCGCAGGUCUUUGAUUCUCCUAGGGCUAUAGCGCGAAUCGUGGGCGCCAUAUGGGGCGAUGAUGAAGCAAGAUAG